GAAGCUGCUAACAGAGCUAGCUUGUUGUUGUUCUGGUGUGUGAGGAGAAUAUUUGAGGCUCUGCAGUAAAAAUGUCUUCACUUCAGUCUCUGGGAGAGUUGAUCAGCUAAAGCGACUAACUGCUGCUGCUGCAGAAAUCUUCUCACCAGGCUGUGGAAACUUUCUUCUCCUCCUCAACAACUUGGUGGAGUUCUUUCCAGAACCAGAGAAGAUAUUCUGCGGUCUUCGUGACAAUCGGAGCUCCAGAAUCAGGUUGUGGCUGUUAGCUAAACACGGCUAAAGAAAACCUGCUACCACUUCAGGAUCAUCCAUCAGCUGGGACUGAUUCAUCGUGUGUUCUUCACCACCUGGACCUGGACAGCAUGGACACAGAUGUUCCACAGCUGGCGCUGGUUAAAGAAGAAGCUCCUGAAGAACAGAGUGCUGGUGUGGACCAGCAGGACCCAGAACACCUCCACAUAAAGGAGGAACAGGAGGAGCUCUGGACCAGUCUGGAGGGAGAGCAUCUCUGUUUGAAGGAGGAGACUGAAGCUGUCGGGUUUCCUGUUACUGCUGUUUCUAUAAAGAGUGAGGAUGAUGAAGAGAAACCUCUGGUCUCACAGCUUCAUCAGCAGCAAAUAGAAGACAGAGAUGUUCCAACCAGCAGCUCAGCUGACCAGAUGGCAGCAGAAACUGGUGGAGGAGCAGGAACUAGCAGGAACCCAGAUCUGACCCCUCAUGAACAAACAUCUGAUUCUUCAGAGACUGAAGUUAGUGGAGAUGAUGAUGAUGAUGAUGAUGAUGAUGAUGAUGAUGAUGGUGUGAAUCUGGACUCUGAGCUGUCAGACUCUGGGUCUGAAACUGGAGAUGAAGAUGAUGACUGGAAUGAGAGCAGGUCUUCUGAGUCAGAUGUUUCAAGGAGGAGAGAAGAGACGGAUGAGAAACCUCUGCUCUUACAUUUCCACAACCAUCAAAUGAAAGACGGAGGUGUCCCAACCAGCAGCUUGGCUGGGCAGAUGACAGCAAAAGUUGGUGGAGGAGCAGAAACUAUCAAGAACCUAGAUCUGGACCCUAAUGAAAAGACAUCUGAUUCUUCAGAGAUUGAAGUUAGUGGAGAAGAUGAAGAUGAUGUGAAUCUAGACUCUGAGUAUUCAGACUCUGGGCCUGAAAUUGGAAACGGAGACCAUGGCUGUAAUGAGAACAAGUCUUCGGAGUCAGAUAUUAAGACAGUCAACAAAUCAUUUAGCUGCCCUGUGUGUGGUAUACGGUUCCUCCACAAGUGGUCUCUUCAGCAACAUGUGAGAGUGACAAGUCAUUCAGCAGUAAAGUCUUCAAAGUGUUCGGUUAAUACAAAAUGUGUGAAAGAGAAGCAACAUCGAGGCUCAUGUAGAAAAGUCCAGAAACAACCGAAAUCAUUUAGUUGUGAUGACUGUGGGAAAAGAUUUAGCCAAAAGUCCAAAUUAACCCGUCAUAUGAAAGUCCACACCAGGCAGAAGCCUUUUGCUUGUGAGCUCUGUGGACAAAGAUUUAGCCGUAAACAUAAUUUAAACAAUCACAUGAAAGUCCAUGUGGGAGAGAAGCCUUUUGCCUGUGAGCUCUGUGGAUACAGAUGUACCGAAAAGGCAAGUUUAAACACACACAUGAGAGUCCACACAGGAGAAAAGCCUUUUGCCUGUGAGCUCUGUGAGAAAAGAUUUAGCCAUAAAAAUAGUUUAAACACACACAUGAGAGUCCACACAGGAGAGAAGCCUUUUUCCUGUGAGCUCUGUGAAUACAGAUGUACCCAAAAGGCAAGUUUAAACGAUCACAUGAGAGUCCACACAGGAGAGAAGCCUUUUGCCUGUGAGCUCUGUGAAUACAGAUGUACACAAAAGUCGAAUUUAAACAAUCACCUGAGAGUCCACACAGGAGACAAGCCUUUUGCCUGUGAGCUCUGUGGAUACAGAUGUGCCCAAAAGGCAAGUUUAAACUAUCACAUGAAAUUCCACACAGGAGAGAAUCCUUUUGCCUGUGAGCUUUGUGAAUACAGAUGUACCCAAAAGUCACAUUUAAACAAUCACAUGAAAGUUCACACAGGAGUUAAGCCUUUUGCCUGUGAGCUCUGUGGAUACAGAUGUACCUAUAAGUCAAGUUUAAACACACACUUGAGAGUCCACACAGGAGAGAAGCCUUUUGCCUGUGAGCUCUGUGGAUACAGAUGUAGCCAUAAGUCAAGUUUAAACAGACACAUGAGAGUCCACACCGGAGAGAAGCCGUUUGCAUGUGAGCUCUGUGGAUACAGAUGUACCCUAAAGUCACAUUUAAAUGAUCACAUGAAAGUCCACACAGGAGAGAAGCCUUUUGCCUGUGAGCUUUGUGGACAAAGAUUUAGCCGAAAGACACAUUUAAAGAGACAUACGAGCAUCCACACGAGGCUCGAGGGAUAUAUUUAACAACAGUACUUCCAAAUGUACUAUUUAGUUUUUUUACAACCUUAAUGUUAGUCUUGUACCUUGUACCUCUGCUCAACUAUCAUUGAUCAAGUCCGUACUCGGCCCUUGAGCCACCUCUUCUUUUGAUUUUCUUUUUCAAAUCUCCUUUGUUUUUAAACUCGGACCUUAACCAAACAUUUGAGAUGUUCAUUCAUGAAAUCUGAAUACAAAACAAUAUUACUUAAAGAGGACCUUUCAUGGAUGUAAGCUCAAAGAGUCGGAGUACCCGGCCCGGAGGUUUACCGUGGUCCCACCCUGGAGCCAGGCCUGGGGUUGGGGCCUGUGAGGGAGCGCCUGGUGGCCGGGCUUUCGCCCAUGGGUCCCGGCCGGGCCCAGCCCGAACCGGAUACAUAGGCUCAUCCAACUGUGGACCCACCACCCGCAGGAGGAACAUGAAGGGUCCGGUGCAGUGUUGAUCGGGUGGCAGACCGAGGCGGGAGCCUUGGCGGUCCAAUCCCCGGACAGGGAAACUGGUUUUUGGGACAUGGAACAUCACCUCUCUGGCAGGAAAGGAGCAGGAGCUUGUGGCAGAGGUUGAGCGGUACUGGCUAGAUAUAGUCGGACUCACCUCGACACAUAGCAUUGGCUCUGGAACCCAAGUCCUUGAGAGGGGAUGGACACUCUCCUUUGCUGGAGUUGCUCCGGGUGAGAGGCGGAGGGCUGGGGUUGGCUUUUUGUUAGCCCCGAGACUCUCUGCCUGUGUGUUGGGGUUUACCCCGGGGGACGAGAGGGUAGCUUCCCUGCGCCUU